AUGCUCCGAAUAGAUCUCGGUGCUCCCUCUGGAUUCAUGACCUUGCCCGUGUCUGUACUGAUGGGAAAAGUAUUCCCCAAGAGAAGAAUGACGUACUGGGAUCGAUCAUCUGGUUUUGUUGCUGGAACUAUCGAGUUGGGGUUUUCUUGCAAACAGUACGAGGAGACUGUAACUGGCCCCGGCGCGAUGGCACUACAGCUCGCAGCCGCAGUUCCCAAUCAAGGUUCAAUGAAACUGGAAGAGGCUGAGGAGGUCACUCAGGAAAUACAAUCACCAUACCUCAAGGAGUUGAUCAUCGAAAUUGCUGCUCUAGAAGAUCUGAACAAUCAACUGAGGUCAAAGAUAGCUGUAUUGAUAAACGAAUCUGACGUGGGGCAUGAGUUAGGAAGGACCAAACAGGCGUCAUGA